AUGAAGACUACAAACACACUCAUAAAAACUAAAACAUUAUUCGCAUUACUAUUAUUUAUUACACUGCUUCUUAAUUUUGCAAUGGCCGGAUCAGAAGAUGACAAGAAAGAUGAAAAAGCCGGAAAAGAUGAAAAAGACGGAAAACCAGAUGACAAGAAAGAUGUAAAGGACGGAAAGGACGGAAAGGACGGAAAACCGGAUGAUAGCAAUCCUGAUAAAAAAUAA